AUGAGCGGGAGGCAGAAGCACCUACCGCUUCUAUAUAACCCGCUUCUCAAUGCUAUAUUCAACAAUCCUCAUCACGCCAAGGCGGCCAUUCGUUCGACCAUCAACGAACUCAGCCUCAGUCAUAAUGACUACACGAUCUUGGUUCCUCCAGGACACAUUCUACGCAAUUGCACCGAGCCUCUGGGGCUGAAGCUCGAGGAAUUGUGCUAUGACAGCGAUGCGUUUCUCAAAUCUCAUAUACUCAAGACGCUGGCGCCGUUCUCGACCACAAUGGCACCUGUGACCAAGAUCCAGCUGAUCAUCUACAAUACCAUGAACGGGAGGCAAGUGCUAGUAAAGAACGGCAUGGUGUUCACCGGCAAGGGAUUCAAGAGAAGCAUAAAAGCGGAGGUCCUCAGCACGGACUAUUUCAUCACUUUCUGUGACUACUUCCCCAAGGGCAGCAAGGUGAUGCUCUUGUACAUCAGCGACUCGCUUUUUGGCCAUCUGGGCGAGGAGUCAAAGGAGCUCCCACCGGAGCCUGAGCUCAGGGAUAGACCCAGGAGCCACCGCUCUGUCACAUUUGAGGAGCUUCUACGAAACUUUCCGUUGCUUUCGAAAGCCAUGUCUGAUCAGUUUUAUGUGCUCUUCCACCACAACAAUAGAAAGUUUGAACGGCUACGAGCGAGAACUGGGGUUUCGUUGGAAGAGGUAAGGCUGUUGUUUAUGGCCAUGGUCGAAGAAGCCUUCCUGAUCGUGCAAAAGACAGUCAAUGCCGAGUCUGCCGAGGGAGAACGUAUCUCUAGGCUUUUGCAUAACAUCACCGUGCAGAACAUGGACGUGGAUUUAAACAAUCUUGUUCACGAAUACGUCGAGCUCAAUGUCUACGACAAGGUGUGGGUCCAGCUUGUGAACCAGUUUGAGAAGACCCAGCAUGAAGAAGAUCCUUUGAUGGUCCUUUCGUCAGCAGUCUACAACGAUCUCUCCUGCCUUUCACUCAAUCAACUUGACCUCCCGGUGGAGGAGCCAUGGUAUUUGAAUGUCUUACAUGCCAGAGUUGCUGCAGCCAUAGCACAGUUCUCCAAGCUCAAUGAUCCGAGUGUGACGAAUAGACGACAAAAAAUCGAUCUCAUCAGAAAUACAGUUGAUAUUUUGACUGAGGGCAAGGACGACUCCAACGCCAAUCUAGUGGUAGAUGCUGAUACCCUUAUAGGCCUCCUUAUUAUGGUGAUAGUUCACCUGAAGGUUCCCAACUUGGAGGCUCAUAUCUACUACAUUCGUCAUUUUGGAAUCGACUCAAUUCAAAGUGGUGACGCUUCUUCGGAAAAGCAUAGUGUUGGCUACCUCAACUACAUUCUCAGCAAUAUCGAUGCUGUGAUCUACCAUUUAUCCGGUAAAGGCUCUGAGGGAAUCCCCUACGACCACUUCCAAGAAAUGUCCAAAGCAUCAUCGCAAAACUAUAGCCUCUGGUACGCGAUUCAAAAAGAAGACCUAACUGGUUUACAACGCUUGCUUGGUGAUGUCGACGAACAAUAUUCUGGCAAGCAGCUUCCCAAAGACCAUUUCCUUAAAAGCAGGAACAUUCACGGCGAGAGCUGUUUCUGUUUUGCGAUCCGAAGCAAGAAUUUUGAACUAUUCAAGACUUUGAUUGAUAGAACCUCUGAGUGGUUUCUGGUGGAAGAUCUCAUCUUCGAUAGAAACACAACUACCGAUCAGACUUUGAUGAUGGUUGCCCUUGUCGAGGAGAAUAGCGACGUCUCACAGUAUUUGCUAUCUGUCAUUCUUGCUGACACAACUGCAGAGGAACAGUGCCUAUACUACAAUCUCAAAGACAAAAGCGGAAGGACGUUGGGACAUUAUUUGGGCUACGAUAUCACCAUACUAGAGCAGGUCGGCCCAUAUGUGGACUGGUAUACAAAGGACAACAAUUCACACACCCCACUCUUCAGUUUGUGCCGCCAUUACGAUCAUCAUGACUACAGAACACUAGUACAAAAAGCAUUUGCAUGUGUGUUCAAAAAAUACCCAAAACCGUUGGCUCUUGACGAGCAGAUUGAUAAAUACGGUAACACGUUUUUGCAUGUCCUUGCUCGAGGUAUUGCCGAAACAGGCAUCCUCGAGACGGACAAAGCGUUGGUUGAUGUCAACCAUCUCAAUGAAAAGCUUCUUUCACCGCUGGCGGUAUACAUUCGAUACAGCAGAACAGAAAAUCUUGCUUUGCUCAUGAAGAACGAUCUUUUCAACUUCUUUCAGGAGGACCAACGCAACUUUUACAAUUUAUUGGAUUACUACAGCUUUUCGGCUGCGAAGGCUAGUAAUGGUUCCAAUAAGGCAUUCGGUGAGGUGGAGCGAAUUGUCAUCGACAAAUAUUUCGAAGUCAACUACUCAAAACACAACGAUAUCCAACUUGGAGUUCUCAAUGCACGCUACGACGGAUCUGCCAACGAUUGGAUUAUCAACACUGUGAUGGUAAAACCGGGAACCGAGAAACCGAUCUCCACUCAAUACAUCGCGAUUGAUAAGCUUCGCCAAUUCACCAAACUUCAGAAAAUGGCAUUUCCACAAGGAUUUGGCUUAGAUGUCAACACUUUUUGGAUCAACCAUCCAGCUAACAAGCUGACCAUUCCAGCGUGUUCGAAGUACCGCUCAAACAGAUUAUUAGAGCUUCUUACAAUGUACUUCCAGGCAAUGAACUUUCACUCGGAUACAUCAAAGUCUAAAUUUCGGGGCAACUUUGCAAUGUGCUGCGCCGAUAGCAAGACCCUGACUUUAGAAAUGAUGAAGGACAUUAACAAAGCACAAGAGAACGCCAAGGUGAGAAACGGAGAAGUCAAGUUCUCCUCGCAGAAGAUCCAAGAAAUUGAAAUCUUCCUCGACUACUCUCUGAGUGACUUGUUAGGAUUUCAUUUGGAAAUGAGCAAGCUCAACCAGAUCCUUACAGUGACAUCAAUGAAGCAAAGUGAUCUAAGAAAUGUUUCUGACAUUUUGUUGCGGCAAAUCAAACUAGGAAGUACGAAGCAUCUUGAUGUAAGAGAGUUCAGAGCUCUUGACGCAUCUUACCAGAAGCUUCAGUCGUAUGCAAGCUGGCUUGAACUCUCGGUUAAUGAACUUCUUCAGAAUUGCCGGAAAUUGAAAGAGAAGCUCCAGCUAUGGAAGGAAAUCUAUCAUGGUAUCAAGGAGCUUAACAAUGAACUUCAUCGCUUUGAGGACCAGGUCAAAGUCACCCAGAAUGGGGUCAAUGAGGAAGCGGAGAGUGAGAGUGCUACCCGUACCAUUUCUAGAAGAAGCACUACAUCGUUAGAUUCCGUUCCCUCGGAAACUCAAGAGGCUGGAUCUUUCUUCAAUUUCGGAAUCAUCGAUAGCAAGAAAUCAAAAUACAAAAAGCUACUCAUGACGAAGUCUGAGGAGGUGAAAAAAGUGAUGAAUCUAAAUGCUGAGAUCAAGAUCGACCACGAGUUAAUUGCAGCCGAGAUCUCGCAGUUUUUGAGCUUUCGCUCCGGUUUCUUCAGCCUCGGCAUCAAACAAUUCUGCAAGACCCAUUUGCUACUGUUACGCAACAGAAAUCACGAGCUUGAAACACUCUUGUGGAGUAUCAGGCGGCAGUAA